GAUUUUGGACAUUCUAAACGGAUUAGGAGAUAAUAUUCCACUUGCUACUCCGACGACGGCGACGGCCACACCUCUUGCUUCCUUCGGCGGUGGAGCGGCGGUCACAAACGCCUUUCAGAUUACAGGAUUAGAGGCUAGCUGUAUCUGUGAAAUGCCGCCACAAAGUUAAUUGAGAUCUUGAGUGUCAUUUUUGGAAGUCCUAAAAGCCUAGCUUGUUUGAAAAUUUUCAACAAAUUGAUAACACUCCCAUGAAUUCAAUCUUUUCACCAUCUUCUCCCUCAUGCCUUCCAUCUUCUUACCGUAACCCUACACCUUGUUUUCAGUUAUGGCCUAACUAUAAAUGCUUAUCGCAUUUCUCUUUCAUUAAUCACCGGCUUUCUUCGCUUUCAAUCCAAUCCACUUCUGCUUCACAUAAGUCAACCACUUAUGCUGUAACUCCUUCCAGUGAAGGAGCGAUCCCAGUCAUGAACUUUGAAGAUUUUGUGGAGAAAGAUUGGUCAUUUCUUGAUGCAGAUGAUAUAAGUUCUGAUGAAGUUUACAAACAAAAUACUGACCGUAUCAUCUCUGCUGGGAAAGUUGGAGCGGAGUCAAAGAUUUUAAUUUCAACCGGGUCAGAAGGAUUUGUUGAUCGAGUUGUUGAUACAUGCUCUUACAAACAGUUGCUUGUCGUUCAUGACUCUCUAUUCGUGUUAGCCUGCAUUAAAGAAAAGUACGACAAGGUUAUUUGUUGGCAAGGAGAACUUAUUUUUUUGCCUGAAAAAUGGGCACCUUUUGAUGUUGUGUUCCUCUACUUCCUUCCUGCUUUGCCAUUUGAGCUCAAUCAAGUCUUUGGUGCACUCUCCAAAGUUUGCUCACCAGGUGCAAGAAUUGUGAUAAGUUAUCCAAAAGGAAAAGAACUGGUGGAGCAGCAGAAAGUAGAGUACCCUGAUGUUGUAGUCUCGAACUUACCCGAUAAACCAACAUUAGAGUGUGCGGCUUCGGAUCAUUCUUUUACAAUGGUCGAGUUCAUCGAUGAACCAGGAUUUUACCUUGCUGUAUUAGCAUAUAAAAGUAGUUAGCCGGUGUAUGGUCCUCAGAAACUGGCCACUUAUUAGUCCUGUGUUUUUGACUUUCAUAAAACUUGACCAAAACUUUGGAAUGAGAAGAGAGAGAUGGUGGGAAUUUUAUGACAA